CCUGACAAUUGUCUCUCUACGCUCCAAUAUAAACCCUAAACACAUUUCCCUUUUGCUGCAUAUAUUCCUCUUCAUAAAGAAACCCUAAUCCCUUUUGUCUCUUCCCAUACUCCACCUUUCUUUGAAUGGUCGAAACAACCAACGGUUUGAUGCACUUUCUCCUCCUUCUUUCUCAUGAUAACCCAACUGGGCGCUUUCUUCACUCGCUCUCUUCCUUUGGCUCCUGCAAACAAGCCUGGUACUACCGUUGCCUUGGGCUUGACCCCUAAAUAGCUGCCUCCUCUUUGCCUCUCUUGAUAUCAGAUAAAUCAAUCAAGAAAUUUUCUUUUCUUUCGUUUUUUCGAAGAUCCAGCUAGAAUCAGAAAAGAUGAAGAGAAGUGUAAGUGAGAAAUUGAUGUUGCACAGGCAAAAAAAGAAGGGUGAUGACAGGAAGAACAGGUUCUUGAUAACUAUCAAUGUUCUUGGAAGUGCAGGGCCUAUAAGGUUUGUUGUUAAUGAAGAUGAUCCUGUUGCUGGGGUCAUUGACACUGCUUUGAAGACUUAUUCUCGAGAAGGUCGCCUUCCUGCUCUUGGCUCUGAUGUCAACAACUUCCUUCUCUACUGUGCAAAUGCUGGUUCUGACGGCUCCAAUUCAAACUCAUUGAUUAAAAGCUCAUUAGUCCAAGGUUCUUGCUUUCUGUGGCAAAUGAAUGGCAUAAUGCCUAUGAAUCCAUGGGAGCCGAUAGGAUCAGGAGGGGGAAGAAGCUUUGUGCUGUGCAAGAAGCAAGGGCAGCCACAGAUGACAGAAGGGAGGUCAGAGAUGAUAGCCCACAAGGCAUCUGGUUGGAAGGCCUGGCUCAACAAGUCCUUUAGUUUCAAGGUAUUGUCUCAUUGAAGACAUCCUUUUCGUGAGAUGGUGUUAUGGAUUUCAGUACAAAUCAUCCGUGCACGCUUCCUUGUGCAAUUGUGCGAGUGACGUCAAAAUCUUAAAAAUAUUUCAAUGACUGGGAUAUAGAUAUACAUAUGCGACAGUCUAUGCUGGGAAAAGCAGAAAUAAUAAUACUAAUAAUAAAUUGCCGAAUCAAUACUCCAAUGUUCGUCCUGUCCAUUGGGUAGAUAGUGACGGUUCAAACUCAGCCAUUUCAAGUCCUAAAUACAUUGUAGUAAUUUAUAUAUAUCUAUAAAGAAUAAUACCU